AUAUUCAAUGCCUCGUUUAAUAUAUAAUGGAAGAAUGCAGAAGAGUUAGAAGAAGAUAGCAGUGUGCAAAAUAGACUAGUUUAAAGUGCAGAAGGUUGGUUGAAGUUGAGAUGACAAGCCUUCCAAAUUCAAGGCUCAACGGCGAAGAGAAGAGGAAGGAAGUGGAAGAAAUAUAAGAUGAAGAAAGCUUCUCGCGUGCCAUGCAGCUUGUGAGCUCCGUGGUGCUACCGAUGGCACUGCAAUCGGCGACGGAGCUGGGUGUGUUUGAGGUGCUGAAAGAAGCGGGUGAAGGUGCUAAGCUCUCUGCAAAGGACAUAGCAUCCAAGAUUUCCUGCACCAACCCAGAAGCAGCCUCAAUGCUAGAUCGUCUUCUCGCUCUUCUUUCCUCUCACUCCAUUCUUGACUCUUCCCUCGUUUCCGAAAACCUUGUCCCUCCCACCUUUCACAGGCUCUACUCCAUCACUCCCCUCGCCGCAUUCUUUGCUCGCGAUUCCGACGGGGUUUCAUUAGGACCAGCCAUAGCCUUGGUCCAAGACAAAAUCUUCCUAAGCUGCUGGUUAAAAAUGAACUACAUUAUUGACUCAAAGAGUGAGCUGAAAGAUGCAAUUCGGGAGGGGGGUGUUCCCUUCGACAGGAUUUAUGGCACCCAUGUUUUUGAGUAUCCAAGGUUGGACUCAAGGUUCAAUAAAGUUCUCAACACAGGAAUGAUCAAUCACACGACUUUGGUGAUGAAGAGGGUUCUGAAAUCCUACAAAGGUUUUGAGGGGAUAAAAAGGCUGGUGGAUGUUGGUGGUGGUCUUGGGAUCAACAUUAACAUGAUAACUUCAAAAUACCCUCAUAUCCAUGGCAUCAAUUUCGACUUGCCUCAUGUCAUUCAAGAUGCUCCUUCCUAUCCUGGAGUGGACCACGUUUGCGGAGAUAUGUUUGAAAACGUGCCUAAAGGAGAUGCCAUUUUUUUGAAGUGGAUUCUCCAUGAUUGGAGCGAUGAAGAGUGUGUGAAGCUGUUGAAGAACUGCUACGAUGCAAUUCUUGAUGAUGGAAAGGUGAUAGUAGUGGAAGCAGUUCUUCCAACAAUACCAGAGACUAACAGUGCUGUUUAUAAGACAAUUUUAGAAUUGGAUGCUUCGAUGAUGACUCACGGGGUAGGGAAAGAGCGAUGCGAACAAGAGUUCAUGGAUUUGGCAACUGCAGCUGGAUUUAGUGGCAAGAGAUAUGAAUGUCGUGCAAACAUUUUCUCUGUUAUGGAGUUCUUCAAGUAAGCCCACACCACAUGUUUGCUUUAAUUCAUUUCAAAUCAACAGAACAAGCUCAUGCUGUGUGUAAUGUAUUAUGUUAUGUGCACUUUUUCAGAUUAA